AUGACUACUCUCCAAAUAAGAAUACCAUUUAAUCCAACACUAGAUACAAUGAAGGAGUUCCAAGAUGUCGUUUUAGUCUCUCCAUACCAUAAGGUAGAAUACAAAGCAAACCGUCUUAAACUUGCACAAUUAUCCCCAUAUUUUAGGAGAAAAUUUAAUGAAAUCAAACCCGAGCCAGGAAAUGUUUUAAGAUUCCAGCUCGAAAAGGAUCCGAAAAAUGCAACACAGGUAGUUUUAGAUGGUUUCCAGACUUUCAAAUUAACUAUUAAUCCAGAUAUUGCACCGGCUCUUUUGUGUGUAAGUUCUAUUUACGAAUUACCUCAUUAUUGCCAAUUUGCAAUAGAAGUUAUCCAAAAAGCGAUCGUUGCUAAUUCACCCUAUAAAACAAUUUCCAGAUACCUCAGUGAGUUUCAGGAAUAUGGUAUCGUUGAGCACGUUGAUAAAUUAAUUCCUUAUUUUGCCCAAUAUCUAAUUGAUGCCAUUGCAAGACCAGAAAUUGCCGACCAUUCACUUGAUGAAUUGCUAGACUUGAUUACUGAUGGUAGAGUGCUAUCCAAGUUGAUUUUGUAUAUCAUAAAGGAGCGUAAUUUUAAAUUAGCAACAUCAGCCAUUCUCAAGACAUUUGAUACAUUCUAUGACAAGCAUCCCAAUAUGUCCGCUGAUGAGAAGGAGUCUUUCAUGGAUAAUGAAAUCAUUAAUUGGGAUCAACCUGAUACCUUCCAAUAUCUGACCAAAUUCAAAUGCUUAUGGCUUGGCUAUAAGAAGGCUCGUGAGAAUUUCAAGAAGAUCUUCGUCAAUCGUCGCAAGAUUAUCAAUGAAUUCAAACCAGACGAAAGCAAUCCGAAACAGAUGGUCAAACGUUGGUACGCGCUUUCCCUUAUUAAAGAUAUCCAUGAAUCCGAUCCUUCGCAAGAUAAUGAAAAUUAUAAUACGAUCAAGUUUAUUACAACACUUGGUGGAGUCGCCAAGCAGCUCGAUCCUGAAAAAUUCGGAUUAAUCAACCCAGAUCCAAAAGUUAUUCCAUGCGGCGACCAAAUCCUCGAUGAUAACUACAAGCACUCAAAUAUCUUUAUGAAGAACGAGAAGAUUUUCUGCGCGAUCGGUAACGAUAAACAUGCUGUCGUUGAUUUCGGAUCAGAAGUUUACGCUUCUUCUAUCGUUCUUGAUUUCGAAAUUGCCGCAAGGAUAAGAAAAAUUGGAGACAUAUCCCAGUAUUUCCCACAUCCAAAGAGUGUUGAAAUCACGUUCUUCUCCGGUCAGAAACAAACACAUUCUCAAAAAUACGAUGUUAAAUCAAGAAUCUUCACAAUAAAACAAGUUAAUAGGGCCUUUACCAAGAUAGUUAUAUCACCAUCAAAUAAAGCAGCCACAUUCAAGUUGAAGAAUGUUGAAAUAGUAGGACACUUUACUAAUUAG